AUGAUAGAGCUGUGUACCAAGAGGCGAAUGAUCAUCUCUAUUAUUGCCUUAGGAGUGUUGACCGUAAUUAUUGUACUUUUGGAGGAGAAAUUAACUUCAGAUCCUCACUGGAGUCCUACACCCGUGCCUCAAAGUAAUGAUAGUGGAUUCAGUGCUACUGUCCAUAAACCCAGCUCAUCUUCAAGUCCACAAGAACAGACGAAUUGUUGGGAAUUAGAGGAGUAUAAAAUUGUUGCCGAAUGCUCACGCUGUACUCAGAUCGAAAUCAACAGUGGAAGCAUUCCUGCAUGUAGACUCACGGGCCUGAAGGAAACUGUUCACUGCAAUAUUUCUGGUGCAUUUUUUAGAAGCUGCUCUGAUGUUCCGAGUGUAGCCAAGACAAGAUUUUGGAUCUUUGAAAGUCUUAUGCUUUUUACAGCCGUUGUUUCUUUCGGAUUUUCUCGAUAUCGAACUAGUAUACUUGAAAGACAAACUAUUAAAAAUAUUGAGCGUCGUCUUGCAUCAGGAAUGUGA